AUGAUCUCUCUCAAUCGUACAAUACCCGACAUAAGAAUGGAAGAGUGUAAGCACUGGAACUAUCCCGAAACUUUGCCGACUGUCUCAGUUGUUAUUGUUUUCCACAAUGAAGGAUGGACGCCCUUGCUAAGAACUGUACAUUCUGUACUGCUUCGGUCUCCGCCACAGCUCAUCAAGGAGAUCGUUAUGGUUGAUGACUACUCAAGUAAAGUGCAGGUUCGUCUCGUGCGCACUGAGGAUCGAGAGGGACUGAUUCGUGCUCGUACGAUCGGUGCGAAGCAUGCUACUGCAGACGUGGUCAUCUUUCUUGAUGCCCACUGUGAAGUCAAUACAAAUUGGUUACCUCCACUUCUGGCACCUAUCAAACAUAACAGG